AUGUCGGACGUCAAACAACUGUUGAAAGAAGCCAAGCUAGAAUUGACGAGACGGGACUACGAAGAGACCAUUGAAAUUUCUGAAGAAGUUCUUAAAUUAGACCCUGACAAUUACUUUGCACAUAUCUUUUUAGGCAAAGCGUUUUCGAGUCUUCCACCUAGUAAUGAAGGCAACUCAAAUCGUCAUUUGGAGAGUGCCACUGCCCAUUAUAUAUCCGCUACCAAAUUGGCCCCUGACAACCUUUUAGCAUGGAAGGGUCUUUUCCUCUUAUUCAAGACCACCGAGGCCGUUCCAAAUAUACUUUCGUAUGAUGAAUAUUUUGAUUUAUGUGGCCAAUAUGCCGAUAUUCUUUUGAAGCAGGAGCAGUCUCAAGUAGAGCUGAUAAAUGACAUAAAGCUUUUAAAGAAAACUCAUACAGACUGUAGGAAGGCCUUUUAUGAGCAUUUGAAACCCGGAUCUUUAAUGGCCGAAACCAUUGGUCGUCAUUUAGCUACACCACAGGACGCCUUAUUGAAUCUCAUAAAAAUUUUGUCCAAUACAGAAGUCACAGAAAUUGGUAAGGCCGUUAGUCAGAAUAGAUUAAGACUAAAAGCCAGUGAUCCAGAUUAUCAGAUUAAAUUAAACUCAUUCUCCUGGGAAAUCAUUAAAAACUCAGAAAUUGAUCAGCUAUACAACCAAUUAGUAAAUAUUCUCACCGAUGAUCAACUGAGAAGUGACACCGAAAAUGAGUGGUUGGAAUAUAGAAUCAAAGUCCUAAAAUCUAUGCCGUUAGAUGUGAAGAAGGGUUUCUUCAUGAAAGUCAAAGACAUGGUUGAAGACAUGGUUCUUGUAGAUCACCAGUCUUUACUUGCCUGGCAGAAAUUUUUUGAGUGGAAGGAUUACGAAGAUCUGGACAACAUGGAUGCCAUGCUGAUAUUACAGUAUUUUAAGAAGUUUCCUAAAGAUCCUUUAGCGAUGAUUCUUUAUUCUUGGGUUUUUUCAAAACUAUCAAAAUAUGAUAUCAAGAGUUUGGAAGCCACUAAUCAACCGACUGAAAGCCAUGACAAGAGAAAUAAGGAAACAGAUGUCAAGAAUACAGAUGAACAUGUAAUUAAGGAUCAAGAUGAAAAUGAAAAUGAGCCAAAAGAAGAUGACGAAGAAGAUUUCGAUGAUAUGGAAAUCGGUUUAUUGGAAGAUGAAGUUGUAACUGCAUUAACAGAAAAUAUCGUAAAGUGCAAAAAUAAUAUUUUGGCACAUCGGAUUUUAUGUCAGUAUUAUUUGCUCACCAAGGAAUACGAAGCAUCUUUGCCGUACAUCAAAACGGGAAUUUCAUUAAUCGCUUAUAACAUUAAGGAUUUGGGAGUUUAUUUGCCAUUAACUAAAAGAGAGUUUUCUCUGGAUCUGGCAACUGUUUAUACAUACGUUGAUGCUCCAAAAGAUCAUAAUGCUGCGUUGAGAUUAUACGACAACAUUUUAUCUGGUGAUUCUGACAAUAUACAAGCAAAAAUGGGUAAGGGUAUAAUUUUCAUUGAAAGAAAGAACUGGGAGGAGGCAAUGACUUUAUUGACCGAAGUGCAUGAACAAUCUCCUGAUAACUUGGAAGUUUUGUCUGAACUAUCGUGGAGUAAAGCACAUAUGGGUUUCAUGGAAGAAGCUCUGAUUGGCCUAGACGGGGUGGUCAAGGCUAUCAAAGGUAUGGAUUUGCGUUCGAUUGAUUUCAGAGCAUUGAACUUAUGGAGGCAAGCAAAAGUAUAUCUAAUGAAACAUGCUUCACUUGACGAUGAAAAUCAAGAAAAUAUCAAGUUUGCAUUCAAACUACUAAUUCAAAGUAUCAAGAUCUUGGACACUUUUGCCCCUGGUUUCUCAACGCUGGGUGAUAUCUAUUGUCACUAUUAUAAAGAUCAUUCAAGAGCUUUCAAAUGUUACUUCAAAGCGUUUGAUCUGGAUGCAGGUGAUUAUACGGCUGCAAAAUAUAUUACAGAGACAUAUGCAAGCAAGCCCAAUUGGCAAGCCGCCUCUUCCAUUGCUUCAAGAUUGAUCAAAGGCGAAAAGGCCAAGGCAGAAUUACGUUCGAACAAUUGGCCAUUUAGAGUCGUUGGGGUUGCUCACCUGGAAAAGCAAGAAGAAAGUGACUCUAUUGAGUGGUUUCAAUCUGCUUUACGCGUUGACCCCAAUGAUGUUGAGUCAUGGGUAGGUCUGGGACAAGCAUACCAUGCGUGUGGUCGUAUAGAAGCAUCAAUUAAAGUCUUCGAUAAGGCCAUUGAAUUACAAGCUUCACACACUUAUGCGCGAUAUUUCAAAGCUCUAUCACUAUGUGACAUGGGUGAAUAUCUUGAAAGUUUGGAGACGCUAGAAAAAGUGUGCCAAGAAGUGGCUACCGAAGAAUCUUUCCAGAUUGGUUUGGUGGAUGUGCUUGUAAAAUACUCCUUGGAUUUAUAUUCACAGGGGUUUUUAAUGAAAUCAGUAGCAAUUGCCAACGAUACUAUUGAAAGGAUUAGGAUAAUAAUCACCGAGUUGCAAUGCACAAACCAGCAGAUUUGGAUUUGCCUUUCACAAGUCUUGAGACUGUUCAUUUGGAUAGAAUCCAAGGUUGAUACUUUACCUGUUGAAUCACUAGUAUCAAUUUUCCAAAUUUCUGGGCUUACUGAAACUAAAGAAGUUGAUUCCAUCGACAAUAUUAAAAUUGACACCUUGCUGGAUAGUACUACUGACGAUAAUGUAUCCAUUGCAUGUAAAUUUUUGAUAUUGGCUUCAAAAUACAGUGUUUCCAAUCAAAGCAUGUCAGAUGCCGCAGGAACAAUUAGAGCUUCAUACUGGUAUAAUAUUGGUAUCUCUGAGCUUACCGCAUUUGUUACUUUGAAAGAUUCUCAUUAUAGAGAUGCUGCAGUUUUUGCUUUCAAGAAAUCGAUUCAACUACAAUCCAAUACAAGCGAAACUUGGAUUGGACUGGGUAUAGCAACUAUGGAUAUAAACUUUCGUGUUUCACAACAUUGUUUCAUUAAGGCAACUGCUUUGGAGCCCAAAGCGACCGAUAUUUGGUUCAACUUGGCUAUGCUGGGCUUGAAGAAAAAUGAUGCUGAGUUUGCCCAGCAAGUUCUCAAUAAGUUACAAAGCCUUGCGCCACAGGAUUCAUCUCCUUGGUUAGGAAUGGCUUUAAUACUUGAACAACAAGGGAAUAUUGUCGAAAGCUCUAAAUUGUUUGCACACUCCUACAUAUUAUCCAAUGGUAGUUCAAAGGCCGCCCAAGUAUUAUAUGCUAAAAGUGUACUUGAAAAUCAUAUUGACAACGGUGAUGACGAAAGAGAUAUUGAAACAGUAGAAAAACUAACCACUGUUUCAAUAGCUCUGGAUCAGUUCUUCAAGAAAAGCCCUGAAAAUCCGUUCGCUAUUCAGUGUGCUCUGUUAACCUUUGAAAGGUUACACCAUUACGAGCCUGCUAAUAAGUUAGCUGACCAACUCGCAGGAAUAUUGGAGAAAAGAUUUGAAAAAACUCAAGACGAAAAAGAGUUAUUUAAUUUUGGUAUCAUCAAGGGACAGUUUGCCCGUAUUCAUCUAGGUCUGGGGCAUUUUGAACUCUCCAUUGAAAAUGCAGAAUUGUCUCAAGGUAUUAUAUCCGAAUCCAGUGACAAAAAAGCAUUAAGAACAAAGAUAUCGAAUCAUAUUUCUCUAGGAUUGAGUUAUUUUUUCCUGAAUGAUUUUGAUCAAACAUUAAGACAAUUUCAAGAGUUGCUAAGAAUUUCGAAGGAAUCUAAGCAUUUGGUGAUUUUGAUCGCUAAGGUACUUUAUGAUGUAGGUGAAAAUGAUGCGAAGGAAAUUGCCCUACAAGAACUAACAGAAUAUAUAACCGCAAAAGGGGCAGACUUGUUAAUAACACUAACCAUUGCAGCUAUGUCAAUUCUGGAUGACAAGCGUGAAGAUUUAAGCAUUAUUGUAAAUGAAUUGAAGGCCUUGCCAUUGUCCAGUCUGAUAGCGGAUAAACACAAAGAUGCACCAUAUCUGAUAGAAGAGAUAACGAAAAGACUUUAUAAUGAUGACACCUGUAAACAAACAUGGCAAAGAAGCGCAUAUUUUUUCCCCAAUAAUCUCGAGGUCUGGAAUAGAUUGAAUAAAAAUAUUCAGCGUAAAAUAGCUUCUAACGGUCAGAAUAAAGUCACUGCAGAGGAGAUGAGUAAACUAUACUGUGAAAGUAAAAAUUUGAGAAGCGUGCAAAGAAGUGUGUUCCUGUGUCCUUGGAACAAAACUGUGGUGAAUGCACUAAAAGAGUGCUUUUAG